GCGCAACAGACCCUCUCUCCGACUAUCUGAAGGAGACUGUAACCUCGCAAGUCUGUUUCUGAUCCCUGUAGUACAUACAAGCCGUGGGACAAGAACAGCCUCGCCCUAUCAGUAAUAAAGGCUCUAAAAAUGCGACAAUAUCCAAUGAGCCGAAACAAUUCCGAUUCAUCCACGGCACACACAAUAUCCACCUGUCCCAGUCGUUCCAUCAACACUUCCAGUCCAAAUCUCCCGCUAUCCGGGCAUCAAUUUCACGAGAUGCGCAGCGGUGGCUCAUCGAGAUCCACGAGCUUUGCAAGCAGCCUGCAUCCAGCGAAAGUUACACCCGCCGUUAAACCCUGCUUCCUAUGUUCGCGCGACUCCAUCCCUCACAUUCACAAAGUGCUCAGUAGCCCAUCGAAGACGCCCUCAUGCCGCUCUCCAUCUUGUGUGCGAGCGGCACUCCGGUAUCCGUGCAUCGAUAUCGUCUUCGUCUGUGCUGGCCGGACCGACGCCAUUCCUGUCGAUUUCACGAAUGCAUCCCGUGCGCUGUGGAGGAUACGAUGUGAACGAGUUCCAACUGGAGCACUGGAUCGAGAAGAGCGGAACCCGCUGCGUGCGUAGGAAAGCUAGGGCCGUUGGCGUGCGCUGACGUUCAUGCAAAUCGGUGGAUCACGCAUAUGUCUUGGGCGUGGGUUCCUGCUCGCGAUGAUCGAGUCGUGCUGUGUGCAUUGAUUGGGGGCGAUCCAUUCGAGUUCGACGAUGAGUGGCAGACGAGGAUCGAGAUUAUUGUGCGCUGAUCUAGCAGGGGAGGAGAGCGUGAGGGCUCCUUUGAACGUCCGCUGGCUAGAGUGAGAUUGCGGUGGAUCUAGUAUUGCUCGAUCUUGUCGUGUCGCCACGGUCCGUCGCGUGAUAUGGCAUUUUGGCGUCGUUUGUAGAGAUUGUGGACG